AUGAUGCGCUCGUGCCGACUUUCGCUCGCCCUUUCGGGGAUCCUCCUCCUCGCCCUGGCAGCGGCGCAUCCGAGCCUGCGCGCGCCCGCCGGGCUGGAGCUUCCCGCCGCAAGCGAGGCCUCUCUGACGCCGACCUUCUCUCUCCUGCUCGGCGCCCACGCGCUCCCCACAAAGACCGUGGGCGGCGAGAAGGUUCAGGUUCGGGUUGACGAAGACGACGAGGAUGAUGAAAUUCCUCUCAGGAGAGAGCGGAGGCCGUCGCUCCGCUCGCUCUCGCUGCCUGGACACCGACGCAACAAGAAGAUCCUCAAAGUGCUGUUCUGGACUGCCGCGGCGGUGGGCGCGAUGCUGGCGACGGCUGGGCUCGCGUACGCCGUGCGACCUGAGGCGCCGCCGCAGAAGCUGCGCGUGGACCACUUACGGCCUGUGGAGCACGAGGAUCCAAAGGAGCGGAGCGAGCGCGAGGCGAAGGAGGUCGCGCAGCAGAAACCCGACGCUCUGGGGGCUUUCCAAAGAAUAUUCAUCGACGCAGUCAAGGAGCCUGCGCUCCGCGUGCGCAGAACGUUCGAUGAAAAGGUGCGCGGAGGGUGA